AUGGACAUGGCUAAAACUGAUGAAGCUCGCAUGAUUCUUUCAGAGAGAAGAAAACUAGAGUUAAAGUGUAUCUGUGCCAGAGCAGUGAAAAAGUUUGGAAUCCCGUAUAUGGGCUUGGUACCCAAAACACUAGAGAAAUACAUUAGUAUGCAUUAAUUAACAUGCAUAGUUAAUAACACAAGUAGAAACAAUUUUCACAGUGUUGUUUAAUAACCUGAGUAUGCUUUGUAUUGUUGUUGUACAUAGUGAUAAUUUUGCGGCAUUAGAAAAUUUGUAGAAAAUUAGUAGAAAAUUUACACAGUGUUAUUUAGUAACCUGAGCAUGCUUUGUAAUGUUGUUGUACAUAGUGAUAAUUUUGCAGCACAUUAGAAGUGCUUAAAACCUAGAAAUAUGUGUCUCGCAAAGCCUAGUGAUACUUAGGGUGCCACUUAAGUUAAGCCCAGCCACCAGGCAGGGUUAGGAACUGAUUAGCUGACCAGCCAUUAACCCUUUAAGCCCCUGCCAAUAUCCACAUACAAAUUCUCCAAACUUAUCUCUGUACAUUUCCUUAAAGAAUGUGUUGAGAGAAUUUGAUAAAAGAUCAAAUUAUUUCUCUCUGGUGAUCAUUUUAUUAAUUCUCAAAACCUUAUCUCUUGGUAGCCUGCGUAGCAAGCAUUUCCGUUUAGUUUCGGAGCAGAAAAAACCAAGGAACGGAAUUUUCGGUUUUGACCGCGCCAUUUUUCGCACGGUCUUUGACUCUUUUUCCUUGUUCUUUACUCCUAAACUGCACAGAAACGCUUGCUAUGCAGGCUAAUCUCUUUUUUUUUAAUUUAUUUAUUUAUAACAACUUUAUUUGUAAUAAUCAAUACAAAAAGGCUGCCAUCAGAGGGAAACUGAAUCCUCAUGUAAGAUGACCCCCCCUCUUGCCAGUAUUAUGGAUAUCUUUAGGAGGAAAUUGAUGUUAGUCACCAUUUGGACUCCUACUUCCUUCUCUUUUGUCGUCAUGUUUUUUUUUUGUUUUUGAUUCUUAAAUGCAUAUUGCAAAGCAUAUAGCAUUAUAUUGGUCAUCUUAUAGAAAAAAUGAAAACAAGACAAGAUUGCAUGCAAAUCAGUUCGGGUUCAAUGGCUGCAUGAUCUAUGUACAGAGCUAAUAAAAGUCUUUGAUCCAUUGGCAAAGAAUCACCAUGGGACCAUAGGUUUCUCUCUUGCGUAGCUUAGUGGCCUUAGUGUUUAAGAAGCCAUUCGCAUCGCAUGUCAGUUGCGUAGUUCUGGAACUAAACUUCUUCUUGCAGGGUAGCGAGGAAUGGGCUCUCAGAAGUUUUGGAAUGCCUUAUUUUAUUUCUGGGGUGGUACUCAAAACACUGGAGAAAAACAAUAGAAUGGAAUUAAAUUAUUUGUGGUGCAAAACUUUUAAGUCAGCUAGAAAAUUUACACAGUCUAGGGGUGCGUUCCUUUGAGAUGAUCUGGAUCAGGAUCAGUGAUUUGAGAUUACUUUGAUCAUGGUAGAUCAAAUGAACUGAUGAAUCCACUCUGGUUCAUUAUUUUGAUCUACCAUGAUCCAAUUAAGUGAUCUUCGAUCGCUGAUCCUGAUCUGGAUCAUCCCAAAGGAACACAACAAAAAGGGUUCGUCACGCGUUCCUGCCCCACGAACGUCUGCUGAACUGAAUGAUAAAUUCCUUUCCCAUGGUUGGCAAAUAUCGGCUGAAGAUAUGAAUUCUGAAGUUCAAAAGCCAACUGACGUUUGCGUUUUUCGCCGCCGUCAUUCACCUUAGAGGACCUCUUAGGAAACAGAACUUUUCUUUAACGGAUUCAAAAGGUCAUGGUUUGUGAUUUGUGAUUGGUGGAUUUUGAUCCGUCUUGUGUGUUUCUGUGUUUCUGUGUUUCAAGGUUUGUUGAUUGUGAUUGUAAUUAUGAUUGAUGGCAGCCAAAAACGCAAUUGUGAAGGCAGGUUUUGAACUUUAGAGUUCGCAUGUUUGUGAAAAGUGCAGUAACUGCGCGCAUGUUGGACAUUCUCCAGUUUCCUACCACAAAUUCAGUAACAUCUGUGAACCUGAAGAAGGCUGGUGUGGCCAGCCGAAAUAUUGUUAAAACAAAACAAUACACGUUGCUCUGAUGAGCUUUGCAGUAGUCUUUGGACUUCUCGUUUUUGGUUAUGUAUUUUUUUUUUCAUUUCCUCUGAGUCUGUAUAGUGAUAAUGGAUAGUGGCUAUAAUAAAAGUACCCUAAUAACUGUGAGAAUAAUUCUAAUGUUUGUAUAGCUCUCGUUCCAGCGUUCGCGCAUUAACUCAAGCGCUUGCUACUCAGGCCACUGGAGUAAUUUCAAAUGAUAGUGUAGGCGUCCUGCGUUUGUAUGCUCUUGGUUGAAACCUGUGCAAACGAUAGAGACUGGGAUCUAGCACUCAAAGAGUAACCUCGUUCCCAGGCUACAUCUUCAUCGGAACGAGGUUGUCAAGUAAUAUAUCAAACCACUUAUCAAACCACACGGGGCCCACACAAUCUGUUUGUGUAGCCGAUUGUUAUUAUAUAGUAAAUGUACUGGAUUUACCGUUUGCUUCAUUUAUAGCGAUAUAUCGCUAACUAUGUAUAUAAGUAUGUAUAAGAAGGUCCUUCUUAUAUAUGGAACAGUCAACGGCGAACUCAAACUCGUUCAAAAUCGCUCAAAAAACCGCUUUUGAGGCAAAAGGACGACUGUACACCACAGGCAAGGUAAUUCAACGUUUAUUUAUCAUUGAUUUAUAUACAUAGUUAGCGAUAUAUCGCUAUAAAUGAAGCAAACGGUAAAUCCAGUGCAUUUACUAUAUAAUAACAAUCGGCUACACAAACAGAUUGUGUGGGCCCCCUGUGAUCAAACAUGAGAUGCAGUGUUUCAUCACCAGAUGAAACACCGAGAAGAGAGUUGGAAAUACGACGCGCAGCGGAGUAUUUUUGACGAACUUCAAGGUGUUUCAUCUGGUGAUGAAACACUGUGUCGAAUGUUUGAUAAUUCUUCUCAAACAAAAUCAUUUUUGAAGGAGAAAUUAAGGAUGCAAAUACUAAGCAGUGUUUCAUCCGAUUUCCAAACACUCAUUAAACAUUAAUUUCCUUUGUAUUUUCUUAAUGAAUUAUUAAUGAGUUUGAGAAGGAAAGUGGAAAGUUCCGCAUGUAACAGGAAAAAAUUGUAGGAAGGUUUUUCUGAAAAGAGUAACUUAUUUUCACUAUGGCGCAUAGGCUUCUUCCCUGGUUCCGGCAGAGAAAGAUUGCUCCUUUAAACCAAGAUGUUCUUAACGUGGCAAAAUCUGGAGAUGCCGUGCUCCUCGAUGAGGUUCUUCAGAGGCUCUGUCGAGCAGAAGGAACUUCUGUGUUAUCUGUAGAUGAGCAGCACAUGCAAUCUCACUCUCCGAGUUCUCCUACACGCGUCUUGUGUGGCGAUGGCUGUUUGUUACCUGCAAGGAUUAAGAAGUUACUGGUCACACUUUUAAUAAUUGCUGUUGAAAAGGGACAUCUCGAUUGUGUGAAAUUACUUCUGAAGUAUGGAGCAGACGUUGAAGGUCGAGGAGAGUUUAAAUUAAUUAGCUAUAUUAGAGGUCCAUUUUUUGUUGAAACAUACGAAGGCACACCUAUGUGUUUUGCAGCUGUUAGUGGAAAUGUUGAGAUUUUGAGGUGCUUGCUUGAAAAUGGAGCUGAUAUCAAUGCAGUGACAGCAGAUGGCAAGGUUUGUAUCACACCGCUAAUUAUCGUUGCUCAUUCUGAACAAUUUGGUGCAGUAACAUUUCUUAUUAAUCAAGGUGCUGAUGUGAAUUUUCAAGACAAAUAUGGUUAUACAGCCCUUCAUUAUGUUGCUAAGUCCGGAAGUGCAAGUAAUAUUAAUGCCUUAAAUUGUUUAAUUAAUCAUGGAGCUGACAUAAAUGCUUUCACAGAAUUUCAGACGACUGCUUUGAUGCUAGCUUGUGCGUUUAACAAUGUCAAUGCAGUAAAGUGUCUUCUUCACAAUAGUGCUAAUGUAGACCUUCAAGACAGAAAUGGUGAAACUUGCCUUAAGUCUGCUCUGAGGUGUGCAUGUCCAGAUGAUAGAUCUUCACUUGAGAUUUUGAGUUUCCUUCUUAAAAGUGGAGUCGAUGUUUCUAAUGCAAGAAGAAAUGACGGUGUGACCCUUCUGAUGCAAGCUACCUGUCAUGGUAGCUUGAGAGAUGUACAUUUGCUCAUAGAACAUGGAGCUAAUGUAGAUUUUCAAGAUCAGAAUGGUGACACAGCUCUUCACUAUGCCGCCCACUGCUGUGAUAGAUAUAGUGAAGAAAUUGUUAGUGCACUUUUGACUGGUGGAGCAUCCCAUUUGUGUAACAAUCACGGAUUGACACCGCUUCUGGCAGCUUGUAAUAAAGGCAAUACAGUAAUGGUAGAGCAUCUAAUCAGGGCACCAUCGAUAACAAAAGAGCAAAGAAUUGAUGCACUUGAACUACUUGGAGCUUCCCUUGCUUUAGAGCCAUCUGUUGGGGUAGGUUUAGGGACAGAGAUGCAGUGUUUUGACUUUGGAUGCUGGUACAUCAAAUGGGGCAUGAAAGAAAGGUUUGCUGAUCCUUCCCAUCCUUUGUUAAAGCAGCAAAUGAAACCCAUUGAAGCUUAUCAGAACAGAAAAGAGUGUCAAACUCUGAAGAACUUGAUAAAGUAA